AUGAAGCAUCAACGUCCUGCUAAACAUGGUUACCUUAUCGGCGUCGUGGAUAUGGGAAGCAAUGGAAUCCGCUUCUCUAUAUCCGAUCUCUCGCCUCCGACCACGCGUAUCCUGCCAACGUUAUACUUUGACCGAGUAGGUAUAUCACUGUACGAGGCCCAAUACGACCCAGAGACGGGUGAAAAGAUCCCGAUCCCCCGUCAUGUCAUCCGGGACGUCACCGAGGAGUUCCGGCACUUUACCCACGUCUGUAAGGAGUUCGGGGUCCAGAAAGACCGGAUUCGAGUCGUUGCCACGGAGGCCACGCGAACAAUGAUCAACUCGAAGGAGUUCAGGGAUCAUAUUCGGGCCAAGACGGGUCUGGUGGUUAAGAUGCUGUCCAAGGAGGAAGAAGGCCAUGUUGGCGCCAUGGGCAUUGUCAGCAGCUUUUCUGAGGUCCGCGGACUGGUCAUGGACCUCGGCGGAGGCAGUGCCCAAAUCACCUGGAUCAUCUCGACUAAUGGCAUGGUGCGGACUAGCCCUAAGGUGGCAAUCUCGUUCCCUUACGGGGCAGCGGCGAUCACCAAAAGGCUGGAGGAGUGUGCAAACGCCAAAGAUCCGGACCGGGCGAAAGAAGAGUUCAGACAGGAGAUCGCGGACAACUUCCGCAAGGCCUUUGACGACUUGGAGAUCCCCCAGGAACUAAAAGACCGGGCCGAGGAGGAAGGCGGCUGUCAUCUCUAUCUGUCCGGCGGAGGGUUCCGGGGAUGGGGGUAUCUGCUACUGAACCAGUCCCAGAACCAUGGCCAUCACUAUCCCAUCUCCAUCAUCAACGGAUUCAAGGUAUACAAGGAUGACCUCACAGAUACGGAAAGGCUCAAAGAGGUCGCCCGCACGGCUGAGAAGAUCUUCCGCGUCUCCGACCGUCGCAGGUAUCAAGUCCCCGCCGUCGCGUUCUUGCUCAAUGUCGUCGCCAAUACUCUGCCCAUCGGCAUCUCCGUCGCUCGGUUCUGCCAGGGCGGCGUACGAGAGGGCCUUCUGUUUCGCGACUUGCCACCAUCAGUUCGGGCGUUGGACCCUAUCGCCGUUGCGUCAGCCCCGUUCGCGCCGCACUCAGCAGCACACUUCAAAACCCUGCUUCUCAAUGCCUUGCCUUCCCCCUCGCACGGCCAAUCCGUCCCGGCAUCUUUGACACACCACGUCAUAGAAGGACUGGCGAACUUGUCAUUCCACCACGCUUCUCUGAGCAAGGAAACGGCGUCGGUAGCUGCCCUCUACACCACCACGACUGGCGUUUUGACCUCCGCUCAUGGCCUGUCCCACUCCUCUCGCGCUCGUAUCGCCCUGAUGCUUGAGAAUCGGUAUGACGGCGAACUUCCCCCGCGCGAAGAGAUCUUAAAAUCGCGAUUGUCCGAUCUUCUCAGCCCCGAGGAGAUCUGGUGGGGCAACUACACAGGAACCCUGAUGUGGCUGAUCGGCCAGUUCUACCCGACCGGCAAGGUCGGUCCUCAGCCCCAGGUGUGGCUGACGGCGCGGUUCGUCAACAAUCUCGGCAAAAAGGGACGGAAAAAGGGGGUUGAACUCACGAUAUCGGUGCCUCGCUCCAUAGGGGGGUCGAGCGAUGCCGCGGACUCGCCAGGAGAAGACGAUGGCCCCCUCAUUGGCAGACGACGUAUGCAAAAGUACGCGAAACGUGUGGCCAAGGUGGGAAAGAAGAAGAAUUGGGUUGGGGGCGGGGAUGGGGAGGGGGAUGGAGAUGGAUGGGGCAUGAAAGUCCAGGUGUUGGUCGCUGAGAACUUGAGUCUCUGA